AUGAGCUCGAGCAACCCUUUUAGCCAUGGAUCUGGCGCUGGUCGCAGCUCGCCCGCCUCUCGGCGCGGUCCACAAUACAUGACUGUUGGCUCAGGCUCGACCUCGGAGAGCGCAUCACGACUGCAGGCUCUGCUGGACGAGGACUCCGGAUACGGUGGAAGUCUAGCUGGCGAAGAAAACAUGGAAAAUGCGUGGCACCCAGGCCCUACGGCAGACCGCUUCACACCGGAACACACUCCAGUUGGACCUGGAGAGACCAAUCCCGCGUCCGAGCACGAGAAGCGCGCACUGGCGAGCCACGUUCACCAGCUCUUUUACAACCAAAACCGUACGGCGCUGGGUCGCGCCAUCAAUCAGACGGUGGAGACGUUGAAGAAGCUGCAGGAGAUGAACGCGCAAUGGCCGGCACACUAUCCCACAGUACAGCGCCCACCGGCGUUGCCUUCACCAAGACCUGACGUGCGCCCUGGAAUGAUUCAUACGCAGUCCACUCUAGACAUGGAAACCUCUGGGGUGCCAUCAGCCCGACCGAGACCGCCGCGUCGCGCAGGGACGUCUCUUGGCGAGACGGGACAAACCGCUGAGUCCAGUGAAUCAGCAGCAGCAAAGGCGCCUGCUGCGGAACCAAGACUGGUCACACCCCAACUGGCGCAGGACUUCUCUGUGUUGAAGAUUGAGUUGAAGAUGGAAGGAUUGCCCCAGUCUGAGAUUGUGCACUCUCUCGAGAAACAGUCAGUGGCAGCCUUACUAGACAAUCAGAUCAAUAACAGCGUGCGCCACCUUUUUGCCCUUCGAGAGCGUAUCGAGGAUACAUCCAGCAAGGUACUGGUAACGGGCGACCUCAACGCGGGCAAAUCAACUUUCUGCAAUGCCCUACUCCGGAGGAAGGUCUUGCCAGAAGACCAGCAACCUUGCACUAGCAUCUUCUGCGAAGUUCUCGACGUUCGGGAGAAUGCUGGUGUAGAGGAAGUCCAUGCCAUUCCCCACGAUGUCGCCUACAACCGCAAUGWCGAGAGCACGUACCACGUAUACGCCCUGAAACAGCUCGAGGAUAUUGUGGUUGACAGCGAUCGUUACUGGGCGUGCAAGAUUUACAUCAAAGACAUUCGAGCUGUUGAUCAAUCGCUCCUAAACAAUGGCGUGGUCGACAUCGCUCUGAUUGAUGCGCCUGGACUCAACAACGAUUCGCUCAAGACGACGGCCAUUUUUGCCAGACAAGAAGAAAUCGAUGUCGUCGUAUUCGUUGUAUCCGCGUCCAAUCACUUCACUUUGUCCGCAAAAGAGUUUAUUUUCAAUGCUGCGCAAGAGAAGGCGUACAUGUUCAUGGUCGUCAACGGCUUCGACAAUAUUCGCGACAAGAAUCGCUGUCAAGAACGGAUCCUUCAGCAGAUUGCGCAUUUGAGCCCGGCCACAUUCAAGGAAUCUGCCGAGCUUGUUCACUUCGUCUCCAGUAAUGCCAUUCCGGUCUCACACGGUCCUCCAGGCGGUCCAGAUGGCGGCUCGGGUGGUGGCGGCGCUGGCGGCGCCUCUUUUGCCGGUGGCGAUGAUAAAUCUUCACCCGAUCACGAUGAUGACGGUCCGACAGGCAAGCACGGCGAACCUGGAGCUUCGCCUGACAAGAAGGGCAAAGGCAAGGAGAAGGAGAAGGAGGCCAUCGACGACUUUGGCGAACUAGAAGCAUCUCUCAGGCGCUUCGUUCUCGAGAAACGUGCACGCUCAAAAUUGGCACCCGCCAAGACCUACCUGAUGAACGUCCUCGGUGAUCUUGGGACCCUUGCUACGGUCAACAAGGACGUGGCGCAAAAUGAGUUGGAUCGUGUGAGUGAGGAGCUCCGCAAGUUGGAGCCCGUGUUUGAGCAAUCCAAGAAGGCACGUGCAGAGGCGGAUGACACUGUCGCAAACAGCAUCGACGAAACGUCUAACGAAGUCUAUGAGUUGACGCGGGGCACUCUUAGGGAUGUUAUCUCUCGCGUUGCAGAAAGCGACCUUGGCGUUGAGUAUCCCGGUUUUCUGGGCGCCUACAAUUAUGCCGAUGACCUGAAGUUGGCCAUGCUCGAACAGAUCACGGAGACGGUCCGAUGGUGUGAAGAACGUGCGCGUGAGAAGACCGUUUCUGGCGUCGGUGCUAUCAAGUCGCUUGGAAUGAUGCACCUCGGAGAUCAGUACGUUGACCUGACCUUCAGGUCAGAGAAGAUGUUCAGAAGUCGUCGCGACGCUCUUGCACGUCAAGUAGAUUUCGAGCCGGAGAUUUGGGAUUUUUUCGAUGUAGCAAACAUCUGGGAGCGUCAGGAGAAGCUGGCCGGUACAAGCAUGGCCGUUACAGUCGCCGGUGUGGUUGGUGGUAGAAUGCUAGGCGGAUUUGGCUGGGUCGAUGGGGCACUGACAGCGACGAAGCUCGUGGGGUCCGACAACCUUCGAAGACUCAUCCUGCCCGGUCUUGCCUUGGCUGUCUCUCUCGGAAUCUCCUACGCGGUAUCUCAAAUCCCGCAUUCGCUUCCUCGACGACUGAGCACAAAGCUGUCUGCACAGCUCGCUGCUCUCGACUACACACAUUCCAACUCUCUCCGCGUCAGCUCAGAGGUUCGGCGUGCGCUAAAGUAUCCUGCUGAUAAGCUUCGCGAAGGCUUGCAGCGUAGCGUUGAGCAAAUUCAAGAACAGAGAAAAGAAACCGUCAAGGUACAGGUGGAGAGCGAAGUUGCGAGAAAGUACUUCGGUAACCUCGUAAGGGAGAGCAAUGACAUUCGCAGCAGAGUACAGAGAGUGGAUCUUGAGGGACCCGCUCCUGGUAUUGCUGGUAGCUUUGAUUUGUAG